AUGUUCGCUCAACAACGCGUCAUCAAUGCCUGUCUAAAACAUCUAACACCACGACUUAGUCAUGAGCAAUCAUCAAUAAUUCGAGCUACUCUUCAAGCACAGAAUGUUCGUCAGAAAAGUGACUCCAAGGAUGUUUCAAAAGCUAGUAGUGGAGGCAAAAUUAAAGGUCAUAUUGUUGGUAUCGAUCUUGGCACAACCAAUUCAUGUGUAGCUAUCAUGGAAGGCAAAACGCCAAAAGUGCUGGAAAAUGCUGAGGGUAUGCGAACAACACCGUCGGUUAUCGCAUUUACUAAAGAUAAUGAACGUCUCGUUGGUAUGCCUGCUAAACGUCAAGCCGUAACCAAUCCUCAGAAUACAUUUUAUGCAACAAAACGUUUGAUCGGAAGAAAAUUCAACGAUGAUGAAGUUAAAAAAGAAAUGCAAAGUGUAUCAUUUAAAAUCGUUCGUGCCAACAAUGGCGAUGCUUGGGUUGAAGCUAACGUUAAAAAAGAAAUGCAAAGUGUAUCAUUUAAAAUCGUUCGUGCCAACAAUGGCGAUGCUUGGGUUGAAGCUAACGGUAAAAGCUACUCGCCCAGUCAAAUCGGUGCUUUUGUCCUGAUGAAAAUGAAAGAAACAGCCGAGAAUUAUUAUGGAUCAUCAGUGAAAAAUGCAGUUGUUACGGUUCCAGCCUACUUUAACGAUUCACAACGACAAGCAACGAAAGAUGCUGGUCAGAUCGCUGGUUUAAAUGUUCUUCGUGUAGUCAAUGAGCCAACAGCAGCUGCACUAGCGUAUGGAUUAGAGAAAUCCAACGACAAGAUCAUUGCUGUCUAUGAUCUCGGUGGCGGUACAUUCGAUAUCUCAAUCUUGGAAAUGCAAUCGAAUGUAUUCGAAGUCCGUUCGACAAAUGGAGAUACAUUUCUGGGUGGAGAGGAUUUCGACAAUGCUCUAUUAAAGCAUCUUGUUGCUGAAUUUAAAAAAGAAAGCGGGAUUGAUAUAACAAAAGAUCCACAAGCGAUGCAACGUUUGAGAGAAGCAGCAGAAAAAGCGAAAUGUGAAUUAUCUUCAGCUUCACAGACGGAUAUCAACUUACCUUAUUUAACCAUGGAUAAAUCAGGUCCAAAGCAUAUGAAUUAUAAAUUAAGUCGCGCCCAAUUUGAGAAUCUUGUCGCACAUUUAAUCAAACGAACCAUCGAACCGUGUAAGAAAGCAAUAAAAGAUGCCGAUGUUAAAACAGGCGAUAUCAACGAUGUUAUUCUUGUCGGUGGUAUGAGUCGAAUGCCUAAAGUUCAACAAACAGUGCAAGAAUUGUUUGGUAAAGCACCAAAUAAGUCAGUCAAUCCUGAUGAAGCUGUUGCUAUGGGUGCUGCUAUUCAAGGCGGCGUUUUGGGUGGUGACGUUCAACAAACAGUGCAAGAAUUGUUUGGUAAAGCACCAAAUAAGUCAGUCAAUCCUGAUGAAGCUGUUGCUAUGGGUGCUGCUAUUCAAGGCGGCGUUUUGGGUGGUGACGUUACUGAUCUCCUUCUUCUCGAUGUUACACCACUUUCAUUGGGCAUUGAAACCUUAGGUGGAGUCUUUACAAAAUUGAUCAAUCGGAAUACAACUAUACCGACAAAGAAAAGUCAAGUUUUUUCCACUGCUGCAGACGGUCAAACACAAGUGGAAAUCAAAGUCCAUCAAGGAGAACGUGAAAUGGCUGCUGAUAAUAAGUUGCUAGGACGAUUCAAUUUAGUUGGCAUACCACCCGCACCUCGAGGAGUACCACAAAUUGAAGUGACAUUUGACAUUGAUGCGAAUGGUAUUGUUCAUGUGUCCGCUCGUGAUCGUGGAACUGGAAAAGAGCAACAAAUUAUCAUUCAGUCGAGUGGAGGUUUGAACAAAGAUGAAAUCGAAAAUAUGGUUCGUGCCGCAGAGAAAUACUCUGCUGACGAUAAGAAACGACGUGAAACGGUCGAAGAAGUAAACCGUAUCGAAUCGAUUCUUCACGAUACAGAAUCAAAGAUGGAAGAGUAUAAGGAUCAGCUACCAGCUGAUGAAUAUUCCAAAUUGAAAGAUGGCGCUUCGAAAUUACGUGAGAAAUUGACCAACAAGGACAAUGAAUCAGUUCAAAAUUUGAAAGAAGCUGCUGAUGAUUUUCAAAAACAAAGCCUGAAAUUGUUUGAAACUGCUUAUAAAAAAAUGCAAUCUGAUCGUGAAAGCUCACAAUCAUCAUCCUCAGGCACUUCCUCAGAUCAACAACCCUCCGAUGAAAAUAAAGAUCAACAAAACAAAUAG